AUGGGAUUUAUAGUAGAAAGGGAUGCGGAACCCAAAGAUUUAGAAAAAGUUCAGGCUCAUCAAGUGAUAAAUAAUGAAGAGGAGUGUUCAUGUGGGAGGAACAAAGGAUGUGUGACUUUGGACCCAGAUACAGCCCACCCCUUCCUAGUCUUAUCUAAGGACCUGAGAAGUGUGGGAUUCGGAGACACACCAAAGAGUGUGCCUGACACCCCAGGGAUAUUCAACUUCAGUACUUCCAUGUUGGGUGCAGAGAGCUUCAACUCUGGGAGGCAUUAUUGGGAGGUGUCCGUGGGACAGGCCACACAGUGGCAGUGGGGCAUAUGUGACUGUACGGAGAAAGAGAACAGCAUGCCUGGGGCUUCUGGAGAUAAAGUCGUGCUCAUGGGCUGUAUGAUGGGGGAUGAGUACACCUUCUGGAUCUUUCCUCCCUUAAGAAAGCUCUGCCUGAAAAAGCGAAUGUACAAAGUUGUAGUCUUCCUCGACUUUGGUUAUAAGCAGGUAUCAUUUUACGACGUGACAGAGGGAUCCCUCAUUUAUAGUUUCACUGACCUUACCUUUCGAGGAGCAGUUAAACCUGUAUUUUCUCUUUGUGUUCCAAAUGGAAACAAGAGUUCAAAUUCUCUUACUCUCAGUUUCCCUCAAACUCAUUCCUGA